AUGUUGACGGUCUUGGUCUCUGUUCUCCUCUCCAGCAGGGUGCUGCUGGUUGCUGCGGAAGCUGUAUUUUACGGAGGCAUCCCGACUGUAGGAGUCCUUUACGACGACAAGAUCAAGGAGCAUUACUGCACAGCCAGCGUGGUGGAAAGCACAAGCCGAAAUAUCCUCAUCACCGCGAGCCACUGCCUCAGUACUGACGGCACGGAAAUGAACUUUGCCCCGGGAUACUUCAACGGCACGGCUCCCUACGGCACGUACCCCGUCGAGGCUCUCUACGUCAGCCCGGACUGGAACAAAAACUUCAACAUCAAACGGGACUUUGCCUUUGUCAGGCUCGGCAAGGGCAAGUACAAGGGCAAGAAGGUCCAUGUGCAGGACGUCACUGGCGGCAACAAACUGCGCAUUGGCGCCGGCUACACGCAAAAGGUCGAAAUCGUGGGCUACGCCUAUGGGGAGCAGAGGCCCCGGCACUGCUCUUCGGAAACGUACCGAGCAAAGGAUGGUCAGAUGGGCAUUGAAUGCGGGCCUUUGCAAAGCGGCACCAGCGGCUCGCCUUGGCUGGCAAACUAUAAUAGCGGGACAAGGCGCGGCGAUGUAAUCGGCGAUAUUGGCGGCUGGCAUACCGGCGGUUGCGACGACUACGAGACGUUUUCAUGCAGAUUCUCAAAAGCUACUUUGGAGCUGUUCAACCGGGCGGUGGCCGGCGGUCCCGGCGAUACAGUCACCGGCGGCGCUCCUGAAAACUGCAACAGCAGUUCGCAAAGUAGGAAGAAGCUGCAUGCCGCUGUUAAGGCUCCCAUGUCUGCUUGCGAUGAUUUGUUUGAGCGGCUUCAUGCCUUUGUUGGACCUUCAAUUUUGUUUUCCGAGCAGCGCCGUUUGCUGCUCAGUUCCGUGACCCAUGCUGCAACCUGA